AUGGCUCAUCCUCCUAAUCCAAAGCACUUAUUCGAGCUCUUACAAGACGACCAGGAGCCUUUCUUGCUCGAAAACUACAUUGCGGACCGCCGCUGCCAAAUCAUCCAAACCAGAGUCCAAUCCAACCACCACCACUCUUCUUCCAAUCUCAAGAAACGGAGACCCAUUUCGCGAAACUUAGCGAGGAGUGCUUGUUUCUUGUCUUUCGCUGCCGAAUCCCCUGUUCCAAAAUCGCCACUCUGUUUCCCGAGAUCCCCUGUCGUCGGUAGCCCUGCCUCUGCUCUCCACCGCUCCAAAACGGCGUCGCUUCUCCCGGAAGCCGCGCUCCGAAUCUCGCAGAAGCAUCAGCAGAGGUCGGGCAAGGCGCGGAACGGAGGGAUUUUCGGAUCUCUGCUCCGGCGGCUCACGCAGGGACGGCGGAAGGGCGGUAAUAAAACCGACGGCGGGGAGAGCGGCAGGGUGUCGGUGAAGGAUGUUCUGCGGUGGGAUUUCAAGGAUUCGCCCUCAGCCGGGCCCUGCAGCGCGGUUUGGUCGGAGAGUACUAAUGCCGAUUUGGAUUUGGACGGUUGUUCCUCCGCCGGCCGGAGCAGCUGCGACGAGGAGAUGGAGUUCGUCGACGAGAUCGUGGAAUUCAUUUCCUCCGAUAACCACAAGCAGUUCUGCGAGAGCCCUUUCCGUUUCGUCCUUGACACCAGCCCUUCCUCGUCCGGCUGCCGGACUCCAGACUUCUCGUCGCCGGCCGCUUCUCCGAUACGUCUCAACGCCGAGGGGAAUGAGAAUAACAGCGAUGGCGAAAGCUUGAAGAAGUGCCAAGUACUGAAACAACAAGCCGGUAAUGGAGAAGGAGAUGAAGAGGAAGAAGAGAAGGAACAAUGCAGCCCUGUUUCAGUUCUCGACCCACCCUUCGACGACGACGAUGAGGAUGACGACGAGGACUGUGAUGACGAUGAAACAGAGGACGACGGUUUUGAUAUGGAGAGCAGUUUUGCAUUUGUACAAAGAGCAAAGCAACAGCUGCUCCAGAAGCUCCGACGAUUCGAGAGGCUGGCAGAGCUCGACCCAAUCGAGCUUGAGAAACUAAUGCUCGAGCAUGAUGAUGAUGACAACGAAGAGGAAAUAGAAGAAGGGGAAGGUGAGAAGAGCCAGUUUAUGAUAGAUGAGCUUAUUAACAAGUCGAGCUUCCAAUGUGUUCCUCGAGACAUGAAGAGGUUGGUAUCCGACCUCAUCAAUGAGGAGGAGCGAGGAUCGACUCGUACCAAUAACAACAUCACCUCGAGUGCAAGUGAAGAAGCUGUGGCGAAAAGGGUGUGCAAGAGGUUCGAAUCAUGGAAGGAAGUGGAGUCCAACACCAUUGAGAUGAUGGUGGAGCAAGAUUUCGUUCGAUCGGAGGGCGAAUGGAGAGGGAAUCGAGACGAGGUCUCGGAUGCAGUGGUUGAGAUUGAAGUUGCCAUAUUUGGGUUGCUGGUUGAGGAGCUAGCAGAGGAGUUAGUGAUACUAACACAUGGUGGUGGUCCAUUGAUGGUAUGA